AUGGUGAGCCGUGUGAGGCUACAGUACUGUAAGGUGAUAUUGGUCACCUCUAUGGUCUGGUUCCUCAUUGAUGUCUUCAUCUUGAUGUACUAUACUGAUUGUGCAGCCAUGGGAUCAGGCACAGAGUGUAAGGGAAAGAAUGAUAACCAGCCUCAUAUGGAUUCUAAGCGUCAGGGCAGUGAUGAUGGAUUUUUAGGCAAGCUCUUACCCAAAGGACUAAUACAGCGGCAUCCCUCUGGGCCAGGGGAAAUGGGGAAGGGUGUGGUUGUGCCUACCGACCGUCAGAGUGAAGCCAAAGAGAAGUUCAAAAUCAACCAGUUUAACCUGGUUGCUAGUGACAUGAUGUCUCUCAACCGGUCCCUUCCAGACUACAGAAUGGACGCGUGUAAGAGGAAGAAGUAUGCCCCAGUAUCUGACCUACCUACAACUAGUAUAGUGAUCGUUUUUCACAAUGAAGCCUGGUCAACACUUUUACGUACAGUUCACAGUAUCAUUAACCGUUCACCAGCUCGUCUAGUCAAGGAAAUCAUCUUAGUGGAUGAUGCCAGUGAGCGAGAAGAACUAGGUAGAAAACUAGAGAAGUAUAUAGCUACCUUGCCUGUACACACAAAAGUUAUGAGAUCAGAAACACGGAAUGGACUGAUCCGAGCCAGACUGACAGGAGCAGCGGCAGCUAAAGGUGAUGUGAUCACAUUUCUGGAUGCUCAUUGUGAGUGUACAGAGGGCUGGCUGGAGCCACUUCUAGCCGAGAUUCACAAGGACAGGACGUCUGUGGUUUGCCCAAUUAUUGAUGUGAUCAGCGAUGACACCUUUGAGUACAUUACUGGUUCUGACAUGACUUGGGGUGGCUUUAACUGGAAGCUCAACUUUAGAUGGUAUCCAGUACCACAGAGGGAAUUGGACCGACGAAAUGGAGAUCGCAGUAAUCCAACAAAAACUCCUACUAUAGCCAGUGUUUUGUAUAAUAGCCAACCCAAUAUGUCCUUGGAGAUGUCCUUCAGAGUAUGGAUGUGUGGGGGACAAGUAUUUAUUGUUACAUGCUCCAGGGUAGGACAUGUGUUCAGAAAGACUUCACCCUACUCCUGGCCAGGGGGCGUGGCACGUAUCAUCAAUCACAACACACAACGCAUUGUAGAGGUGUGGAUGGAUGAGUACAAAGAAUUCUUCUAUAAAAUUAACCCAGCGGUGAAAAGCACAAGCUAUGGGGAUGUGACAGCUAGAAAAGACAUGAGAAAGAGGUUAAAUUGCAAAAGCUUCCGAUGGUACCUGGAAAAUGUUUAUCCUGAAUCUCAGAUGCCAGUGGAAUAUUUUGCACUGGGAGAGAUUCGUAACAAAGAGACUGGUCACUGUGUGGACAGUAUGGGAAGGAAGAGUGGAGAGAAAGUUGGCCUUGUCAACUGUCAUGGCAUGGGAGGUAACCAGAUCUUUUCUUACACAAAAAAGAAAGCUUUACAAACAGAUGAUUUGUGCUUGGAUGUCUCGUCUAUCGGUGGCCCGGUAAAAUUGUUUCAGUGUCAUGGUCUGGGUGGCAAUCAGCAGUGGGAUUAUAAUGGACAGAGUUUGGAGCUUCGACACAUUAAUAGUAAACAGUGUCUUGGUGCUGCCAAGCCAUCAGAUAGGGAAUCACCCACCAUUGGACCAUGUGAUGGCAGUGCUUCUCAAAAAUGGGUGAUUAAGGAUAUGAAGUGGUGAUAAAUGGC